AUACUCUGCUUAAUGGAAUCAAAUCAUUUUGCUAAUGAUAUUUUAACCAAUAUUGUGCAAAAAUAUUACCCAAAUUGGUUUAACAAAAGACUAGCAGUACAGUAUCCAUCUCAUGUUAAAAAAAUAUUUAAAAUCUUUGCUACAAUGGCUCUAAAUUAUAAUGUUACUCUAGAUUAUCAUUAUGAUAAAAAUAAUGAUGGAUUAUCAGUGGUAGUUCCAAUAGGAGAAUGGAAUGAAGGCUGUCUAGUAUUUACACAAAUAAAAACUAUAGUUGAAUUACAAAAAGGUGAAGCUAAAAGCUGA